AUGUUAGCUGACCUACGCACAUGUAAUCUACCUGAACAAGAAUUGGUUGAAUUUUUACAUGAAGAGAUUGCUGCAGAAAGGAAAUUACAGAAAACCAAAAACAUUCCGACUGAAGUCUGUGGAUUUAAAGUAAAAUUAGAUGGUUCAGAAGUGAGUUUAUCAAAAGCAGCAGGAGAUGAAAAGAUAGAAAUCAAUUUCAAUGUGAAUCAUAGCGUGGACUCUGAUACGGAACCUGAUAUUAACCCAAACAUGGACAAACCAAAUAUUGAACUGAAGUCAAGGCCAACAUUUGAAGUUGACAUCAAGCGAGGCGACAGGACACUUGGGUUCACCUGUUCUUACAUAUCCCACAACCAGGAACAACAGGAGAACGAUGGCUUCAAUGAUGACAUAUUUGGUAUUGAUGAAGUAACUUUCUACGAAGGAGAAUGGAAGGACUCCAACUACGCUGUGUCUGGUGAAGUUUUAGAUGGGUAUCUCUACGACUUACUGAUGAACCUGUUGGAAGAGAAGGGCAUAACCAAUGAGCUGAUGGAGAAAGUAUCAGACUUUGCCACCGCUUACGAGCACAGUUCCUACAUCCACAUGCUCGAAAGUGUGCAGAAGUUUUCGGCUGGCAAAUAGUUUAGUAAAAGUGGUCACUAUUGUAUAAGGUAGCAGUAAAUUACUCUCUUAGUCUUGUUUUGUCUAAUAUACUUAAAUUGUCAGUUAAUCUAUGUGCAUUUCUAUGCAAUUAAAACAUUUUGUUAAAAACUUGA